UUCAUCUUGUCACUUCCUUCAUCUGAUCUUGUUUCCUUCUUCAUCUGAUCUCGUCUCUUCCUUUAUCAUAUCACUUUCUUUUUGUCUCUUCCUUUACUAUGUCUCUUCGCUUGACAAUCUCUUGCUUUGAAAAUUUCUCUUCCUUAAUCUUGUAUCUUUCUUUCUCUUGUCUCUUCCUUAAUCUUGUCUCCUUCUUCAUCUUGUCUCUUCCUUCAUCCUGUCUCUUCCUUCAUCCUAUCUCUUACUUCAUCUUGCUUCCUUUAUCUUAUCUUGCCUCCUUCUUUUUGCCUCCUCCUCUUUAUCUCUUCCCUCAUCUCAUCUCUUGUCUCUUUUCUGCUUCGCCUGGUUGUCUCAUGUAUCUUCAGCGCUCCUACCGUUGUUUGCUCGCCAGUCAUUCCGCUGCACUUGCGCUCUUUUUCUUCACUCUCUUUACAAGCCCUAGGCAGACAGCCAAUUGACGCGAAAUCAAAAAAAACCCCUUUGAUCUCCUGCUUCUGGCGCCCUACAA